GGGCUGGGAAGGGCCGCCUGCCUCUCCGCGGGGUCGCCGGACCGCGGCCCCGCGCAGCCUUUACGGCCGAAGCGGCGGCAGAGGCGCGUGUGUAGCGGCGGCGGCGGCGGGCGGGAGCGCGGAGGAGGUGGAAAGAAGGGGGGCGCUGUCACGGAGACUCCGGCCGCCGGAGACCCCGCCGCAGCGAGGCCACUGGGCUCCCCGGUCGCGGGCGGGAGCGGUGCCGAGCCGGGGCUCCAGGGGUACACACCGGGCGGAGGAGGGGGCCUAUCUACCCUUCCGCAUUUUCCUGGGUCUCUCUCCCGGGCGGUGACGUGACGUGCUGACGGCGGGCCCGUGCCGGGGAGCUGGGCCGCUUUUUGUCAGCUCCGAGCUCGGCCCCUCCUCCCUCCCUCCUCCCGCCCCACCAGCCGGAGCCCGGCCCAGUGCUCCAGAGAAAGGCCGGCCUGCAGCACCCGCCACCGUCGCCGACCGCCCGCACGCCCGUCCGGAGCUGUGACUGAUGAGAAUUAAAGGCCAUGGAUGAAGAUGGACUUGAAUUACAACCACAAGAGCCAAACUCAUUUUUUGAUGCAACAGGAGCUGAUGCUACACACAUGGAUGGUGAUCAAAUUGUUGUGGAAGUACAAGAAACUGUUUUUGUUUCAGAUGUCGUGGAUUCAGACAUAACUGUGCAUAACUUUGUUCCUGAUGACCCAGACUCAGUUGUAAUCCAAGAUGUUAUCGAGGACGUUGUUAUAGAAGAUGUUCAGUGCCCAGAUAUCAUGGAAGAAGCAGAUGUAUCUGAAACGGUCAUCAUUCCUGAGCAAGUGCUGGACUCAGAUGUAACUGAAGAAGUUUCUUUAGCACAUUGCACAGUCCCAGAUGAUGUUUUAGCUUCUGAUAUUACUUCAGCCUCAAUGUCUAUGCCAGAACAUGUCUUGACGAGUGAAUCUAUACAUGUGUCUGAUGUUGGACAUGUUGAACAUGUGGUUCAUGAUAGUGUAGUAGAGGCAGAAAUCGUCACUGAUCCUCUGACAACCGACGUAGUUUCCGAAGAAGUACUGGUAGCAGAUUGUGCCUCUGAAGCAGUCAUAGAUGCCAAUGGGAUCCCUGUGGACCAGCAAGAUGAUGACAAAAGCAACUGUGAGGACUACCUUAUGAUUUCCUUGGAUGAUGCUGGUAAAAUAGAACACGACGGUUCCUCUGGAAUGACCAUGGAUGCAGAGUCGGAAAUCGAUCCUUGUAAAGUAGAUGGCACUUGCCCUGAAGUCAUCAAGGUGUACAUUUUUAAAGCUGACCCUGGAGAAGAUGACUUAGGCGGCACCGUAGACAUUGUGGAGAGUGAGCCUGAGAAUGAUCAUGGAGUUGAACUACUUGAUCAGAAUAGCAGUAUUCGUGUGCCAAGGGAAAAGAUGGUUUAUAUGACUGUCAACGACUCUCAGCAAGAAGAUGAAGAUUUAAACGUUGCUGAGAUUGCUGAUGAAGUUUAUAUGGAAGUGAUUGUAGGAGAGGAGGAUGCUGCUGCAGCAGCAGCAGCUGCUGCCGUGCAUGAACAGCAAAUCGAUGACAAUGAAAUCAAGACCUUCAUGCCAAUAGCAUGGGCAGCCGCUUACGCAAUAAUUAUUGGCCCUGAUGGACAUCCCUUAACUGUCUAUCCUUGUAUGAUUUGUGGGAAAAAGUUUAAAUCGAGAGGUUUUUUGAAAAGGCACAUGAAAAACCAUCCUGAACACCUUACCAAGAAGAAGUACCGCUGUACUGACUGUGACUACACCACCAACAAGAAGAUAAGUUUACACAACCACCUGGAGAGCCACAAGCUGACCAGCAAGGCAGAGAAGGCCAUCGAGUGUGAUGAGUGUGGGAAGCAUUUCUCUCAUGCUGGGGCUUUGUUUACUCACAAAAUGGUGCAUAAGGAAAAAGGAGCCAACAAAAUGCACAAGUGUAAAUUCUGUGAAUAUGAGACAGCUGAACAAGGGUUAUUGAAUCGCCACCUUUUGGCAGUCCACAGCAAGAACUUCCCUCAUAUUUGCGUAGAAUGCGGUAAAGGUUUUCGGCACCCGUCAGAGCUCAAAAAGCACAUGCGAAUCCACACUGGGGAGAAGCCGUACCAAUGCCAGUACUGCGAAUAUAGGUCUGCAGACUCUUCUAACUUGAAAACGCAUGUAAAAACUAAGCAUAGUAAAGAGAUGCCAUUCAAGUGUGACAUCUGUCUUCUGACUUUCUCAGAUACCAAAGAGGUGCAGCAACAUGCUCUUAUCCACCAAGAAAGCAAAACACACCAGUGUUUGCAUUGCGACCACAAGAGUUCGAACUCAAGUGAUUUGAAACGACACAUAAUUUCAGUUCACACAAAGGACUACCCCCAUAAGUGUGACAUGUGUGAUAAAGGCUUUCACAGGCCUUCGGAACUCAAGAAACAUGUGGCUGCCCACAAGGGUAAAAAAAUGCACCAGUGUAGACAUUGUGACUUUAAGAUUGCAGAUCCAUUUGUUCUAAGUCGCCAUAUUCUCUCAGUUCACACAAAAGAUCUUCCGUUUAGGUGUAAGAGAUGUCGAAAGGGAUUUAGGCAACAGAAUGAGCUUAAAAAGCAUAUGAAGACACACAGUGGCCGGAAAGUGUAUCAGUGUGAGUACUGUGAGUAUAGCACUACAGAUGCCUCAGGCUUUAAACGGCACGUCAUUUCCAUUCAUACGAAAGACUAUCCUCACCGUUGUGAGUACUGCAAGAAAGGGUUCCGAAGGCCUUCAGAAAAGAACCAGCACAUAAUGCGACAUCAUAAAGAAGUUGGCCUGCCCUAACAAUACUUCUGCAGACAUUUGUAGAGAUGUUGGCCUUAAAACAGAAAAUUCAUUUUAAAGCCAACCAGUCUCGUUCACAUACAAUACUGUAUAUUGAUUUAUGCUGUGUACAAAUAGAAUUAUUGCUUCUAGUUGACCUUUUUUUUUUUUUUUUACAUUUUGUUCAAUAGUGUGUUCUGAAUUCUAUUCAGUUUGUUUAAUAAAUGGGGAAGAGCAGCAACAAGCAAGUUGCUUUUAAUAAAGUAAUCCCUGAUUCUAUAUGGAAUUUUUCUAUCUUAGAAGUUUUAUAUUUAUUUAAAUAUUUACCUUGCUUACCUUGAUGGUACUCUUCUAAGACCAUUUAACAUAAGGUAACUUUAGAUUGGUAACUACAAAAGUAUUCGUGUUGACUCAUUUUCCCCCCCCCAUAAAUUUCUCACAAUAAAAUUGUCAGAGACAUCUACUAACAUAAAUGGGAGAUUUUACGGUCAGGUCUAAUUAUCCUAACAUGGAAAUCAUUUACUCGUCUUGCUUACAUUUUCAGACCACAUGACAAUGACAGUUUCCAUUUGAGCUUUUGCGUCCCUGGCAUCACUGAGUAAAGAGCAGUGGCUGGGUUCGUGUUUACUUUUCAUUUUGUUGAGCAGACAAAAUACACUUUUUGGGGGGCUUUCUUUGGAGUAUUUACAUCUUUUGUCAGCAUAGCAAACUUUUAGAAAACUUUAUUGAAAAAUUUUGCUUGAUCCUGUUGUAUUUUGAUUAUUCUGUCUGUGCUGCCUUGUCUUGGAAUGGUUGUGUACUACAAAUGAGACUUAUUGAGGACUGCAUUUUGGAAUCACCUAGAGGUAAUUCGUGGCUCAUAGGAUCUUUUGCAACUUUAUAUAUGUAAAUGUACCCUGAAUUAUAUAUAUGCACAUAUAUAUAACAUGUAUCUGUGUGUAUUGCUUAUUUACAUAUUUAUACACACAACCCCAAGUAGUAGUUGUUUAAAAUCUAUAAUGAAAAGUAUUAAAUUUACAAUAACAUGAAAGAUGCAGGGAUGCAUGAGAGAGCAUUUUGUAAGUCAUGCUCUUCAGAGAGACUACUCAGGUGAAGAAUUAGAAGGAAAAUAAGGACACUAGUAUUUUUAAAGAAUAAAGGUAUUUUCUUUUAAAUAUCUUUGGUAAUGGAAAAAUAGAAGUUAAGAUGUUUCUAGAUAGGAUGUUUUCAUACAACUUCAGCUCCAUGCCUUUAUAUUUUUCUGAAAAGCUAGUGAGUAUCCAGACGUAACUCCCUCACUUCUCUCUGAGAAGCCCAUGAGGGAACUCUGUGUCACCAAGUGAGGGGGACUAAGGAAGCGAUGGCUUCAUGUACCAGAGAAUGGGUGCUAAUUAUGACACACUUGGCAAGUUCAGCCUGCUCUAUUAUUUCUUAGUUACAGUUAGCAAACUUUAAAAAACACUCAUGUUGGCUUUGAUUAGAAGAUAAAGGUGUGUUUUAAGUGCAUGAGGAAAAUCUGAGGCCUUAUUUGGAAUGUCACCAAGUCUUUUCACAGUUUUUUCUUUGAGAGUUGACAUUUUUUAACAAACAGUUCUGAAUCAGGCUCAUAAAUUCAUAAAACGAGCUCUUGUUAUUUAGAAUUUAUUUAUGUUAAGAUGAAUCUUGGAGAACAGAAAACAGUUUUGGGGGUCCCUUAAAUUGGCUAUCGGCACAUGAGUAUCUGGCACACUGUGGGCGAUUUAGGACUUUCCUUUCUACUUGUUAGCUGCCUUGCCACUUCAUUAUGGUACCCUAGCCUCUUCAUGCUGUUAGGUUUUUACCUUUCAUCCUUCUUUUUGCCAUUGAUACUUAUAUUGAAGACUGAUAUUUAUAGAGUUAGAGAUCUAAAUAUUUGGUGUUUGGCAAGCCUGUGAAGUGCUAGGUGAUUUAGUCCAGUUCUAAAUCAAGUGCUUUAGGCUGGUAUGGGCUCCAACCUGAAUGCCAGUCAAAGCCAAGGCAUCGAUUUAUCCCAGUGGGAACUCCUGUGCCCUCUUGGCCCCCAUAACAUGGCUUUUUUUUUUAAGUAACUUACAGUUACGUGAUUCAUUGCCCUGCAGUACUAUUCUUUGAAAGCUCUGUCUGUUUUUUUGUGAGAACCUUUAAAAUCUCCCUUCCUUUUUAUUUUUCCCAGAAAUGAGGUAAUACACUUAAAUGAAAGUGGAAAUUUAUUAAUUUUAAAACGUCUUGUAAAAUUAAUACAGAAAAUAUAAAUAAUUGGUCAUUUAACUAUAUUUUUUUAAAUAAACUGAAAGAUAAAGAACACAACACUUUACACACUUUAUAUUUCUCUUACAUAGUCUGGAAUCAUACACAGUUCUUUUCUUUUUAAAGCACAAUAUUGAAACCUUUAAAAGGUAUUUAAGGGUUUGGUCAAGUGAAUAUGAUAAAAUGUAUUUGUCUGUAUAAAGAGAAAAUGAAAUUGUAGUCACUGUUAUGUACUGACAUUAGUUACAACCUAGUUUUAAUUCUUAAAACAAUUUUGAUUAGCAAAGCUAAAAAAAUGGAUGUUUCAGUUAAAUGUUUUAAAGAGGUACAGAUUUUUACAAGGACAUAAUAUAAGUUAUUGUUCUGUAGAAAUAUCCUAUUAAAUAUUGUAUGUCCCUCCCUCUGUACACUUUGUAAAAAAAGUAAAAUACAUAAAAAGAAAAUCAUAUAGGGAUGUGUGACAUUAUUGUAAUUGUGUACUUGAGAAUAACGUGCAAAAAUAAAAAUCAGAAUAUUUUCCUGUUAAUGAAUGUUUAGUCUAUUUGAUACCAGUACUAAGUUAAUGCUUUUUCUUAAGAAAAAAAUGUACAGUUUUUGUAAACCUAAUAAACAUCAAAAGCAGUGUAUUUUUAUUUCCCCAUUUCUUAAUUCCUUUUAUGCAGCAGUGGAAUGCAAAAUGCUUGAUUGCUUUGAAUUUUGUGACUUGGAUGCAAAUACUGAUAAUAUUUCAGCCCUGUGAAUUUGCAAGUAAUAUUUCAGAGAAGUUGAGGUGAUUGGUGAGUCCUUUGAUGAGCAUGUCCUUGAAAUUUGUUUUUUCUUUUAUCUUCAUAAAGGAUUUGUUUUAUUAGCAUCUCCAGUUUCCCUGAGAUAAAAUUCCCACGCCUAAAGUGGUUUUUGAGAGCACUUAAGUUCAUUUCAGUAUCAAUCUACAGCACGUUUAAUCAGUGCGAGAUGUCCCCACUUCCACAGCAGAAGCCCUGCCCUGGAGUUACGCCUUUGUGCCCAGUUUGAAGGGCUUUAGUGGGCACUAACAUACCAGAGAAUAGUCAGUGUCAUGAUAAACAUCAGAAGUUAGGUAAAGUUAUCAGGGGUCAAAAGAGAAUAACAGGAUGGGUUUGAGCCACCUUUGGUUUUUAAAGAUGAGAUCCUGCAGUUAAAUUCAACUAUGUCAGAACAAGUGUUUGCCUAAUUUGGAAUAGUAAAUAAUCAAAACUUGAGGUAAACCGUCAAGAGAACAUGGUGAACAUCACUGUCCAGAGCCAUAAAUCAGACAAAACCAUAGCAUGAAAAACUUAGUUGUAAUAUAAUGCCUGACAUAACAUCUUACCGGUUUGUGAUCCUAACCAGUCAGAUAAUGUACUGCUCUGUUCUCUGGGAAUCUCAGUAUUAAUAACUUCCUUUAUUUCUCACAAAUUCUAGGAUUCACGUAAGGAAAAGCUUAACCAGUCUAAAUCGUAGGGGGGGUGAUGCUUGAGAGCAGUGGUUUUCUUUCAAAGUGGCUAGGCAGCAGCGGCAGCAUCACGAUCACCUGGGACUUGGUUGAAGAUGCAGAUUCUCAGCCCUGCCCCAGACUCACUGAAUCCGGAAACUGGGGGUGGGACCCAGUGAUCUGUGCCUUAGCAUGUCCUCCAAUGAUUCUGGUGCAUGCUCACAUUUGGGAAACACUGUUUUAGAGCACUCGAGGAACUUAAAAGAUUACUGGUGCAACAUUUUGUGUGGUAGACAAGAAAAUCACACACACACACAAAACCCCAGAAAUAAGCAGUGAAGAUGAAAUGGGGCUCUACCCUCAGUUGACCCCUUUGAAAGUGGGAGCCUGCCAGUCAGUAAGUAUAUCCUUUGGUACACAUGUAAGUAGCGUGUACUUCCGAAAUCUUGCAUGGCCUCCCCUAAGUUACAUUCCUCAAAGGUAAAUAGAAUUCAGAGGAAGAUUGAGUAAGUGAAAGAGAAGGGCUGAAAAGUAUGUAUGCGUGCGUGUGUAUGUGUAAUUAAUUGGCCCAGCGUUACUUAAGUAAUUCGUAUCUGAGAAACCAUUUUGCCACAUUCUUCAGCUGUUUAGAUAAGGUCAAAAUUAAGUUUGCCCUUUUGGAUUUUGUUUUAUCUUUUGUGUAUAUAUUGUUUGCCUUUUUCAUAAAAUACUUCUUGGAUUUGUUAUAUAUUACUCCUGUUAUUUUUGACAUCUUUGCUAUUGUAAAUAAAUUCCUAUUUUGUUUUAA